UACAAUACCUAUGGUUACAUCAUUUAUUUCAACAUUGAAUAUAAAUACUGGUGUAGCGCAACUUAGCGCCUGGCUUACUAGUCAAGCUAUUCAUGUACCUCCUGGUUGGAUUGAUGCUUGUGUGGCUUGGCUUGCUGAAGAGCAUGGAGGUAUUGAUGCGUGUAAUCAUCUUACAAAGUCUGAUUGGUGUCAAUUAAUAUAUGAGCAAUGGCUUCAUUCUGAUUUGAAGCAGUUAGAAUGUCCAGUUCUACCGUCAACUAUAUCUACUUCAAGAAAUCCCCAUGACAAUUCGCUUAGCAGUGGUACUGACGCAAAUACCAUGAAUUCACCUGCACUUAAGCUGGAUGGUGAACUUUGUCUCCAAGUUGUCAAUUUAUUCAACAUAGGUGAAUCAUAUUAUGGUCAACUGAGACGACAUGAGGGUAAUUUGAGCGUGAAUCUACCUUCAUUGGAAGUAGACGGUGAAAAUAAUCUAGAUGGACAUACUACACAAAUGACACAAGCUUUUAGUCAAUAUCUUAAUCAAAGUCCAACUCAAACAAACAAUUUUAGACAGUCAACAAUGGCCAAUUGUCUCACUCUAUUCCUUACUGAUGGAGUAAAUGAAAUCAAAGUUAUUGAAUUUGGCACCCAAUCCACAAGAUCACGAUCUUCUUUACCUUUUAAAGAAUUAUCAAAAAAACUUCGACCUGGAGUAAAAGUUCGUCUACAUGGACCAUUACUUUUACGUAAUAACGUCUUACUUGUUCCUCCCGGUGCUUUACAGUCACUAUCAAGCCAUCAAUUGGAAGUUUUAGGCGGUGAGGUUGAUGAACUCUUAGAAAACUAUGAAGAAAAUACUAUGUAUGAGGUUGGUAAACUAUUGGCUAAUAAACUAAAUAUACCAUUAACUGAAAAUAACAGCUUGCCGUCUUGGUUUCCUCGUGUAUCAUCUAGACAGUUACGCAGCUCAGCUGGUGAUAAUCUGUUACCCAGUAUAGAAGUGCCCAAUGAGCAGUCUAAUUAUGUACGAGACGUUCAACAAAACCGUGAUAAUAACAUUUCUAACAGUGGGAAUGGCAGAGAUCCACUAAGUUCUGUUCGUUACCCAUUGAGUACUGCUUCUACUGGUGAUAGGGGUGUCGUCGGUGGCAGUGGUAGCGUUUCUCCAGAAUUAUGGGAUGAUGAAAUAUUCGAUGAUGCAAUAUUGAGUCAUGCUGCUCAAUCUAUGGAGAAACAGUUAGAUUGUAGUAGAAGUGGUGUAUCGAUUCCACGAAGUUCUGUCCAUUCGUUCAAUGAUCCACUUCGUUUACCAACAAGUGUUAUAUCUGAUGAACGAGAGCGACUGUCAAAUGAAUCUAAAUUUAGUGGUCUUCAACGUACUCACAGUGUUGUUGAUGAGAGCGAAAACAAUGUUUCUAUUGAUAACGAUGAUCCGUUUUUAGAAGAUCAAGUCGAUCCAGAUAUAUUGGCUUCUGCUCUAGCUGAAAUAGACGAACAACAGUCAAUGAAUUCUACAAACUUUCCCAAAACUAAUCAGUUAAAAGGGAAUGAGAUGCGAAUUUUUCAAUCCAAUAAAAAUGUAUCCGAAACAACUGCAACUUCGUCCACAUUAUCAUCAACUUUAAUGAAAACAAGUACAGUAAGUCAACCGAUAAAAUCACAAAUAGAAUCAAAACAAAGUUUGAAACAAACGUUAUUAAAGCUACAGUCACGCAGUCGAUUAGUGAAUAAACUGAAUGAUAAUCCAUCACUCCCUUCUUCUUCUUCUUCUAAACCUCAACCGACUGAACCAUUCUCACCAGAACCAGUAAAACCAGACAUCAAAAAAGUACAAACUAACAUCGACAACAAUGAAGAUCUUCUGCCACCAGUUCCUAAACGUAAAACAUUGGAAUUCAAACAAACAAACAGUACUAUUGGAAGUAAUAGUAAAUCUAAAAAUAUACUACAGUUUGCAUCUUCAUCCAGCCAUCAAAUUGUUUCAAUGGCUACAGAAGAUAAUCAUGAUAAACACAUGGUCAGUAGUAGACAACUGUCAUCCAAUUCAUUGGAAGUUGAUUAUCACUUUCAUCCAUUUUGUUAUAUUCAAGAUAUAUAUGAUAAACUACUUAAAACAAAAGAUAGUAGUAAUGGUUCAGCCUCCAUAAAUACUGUUUACACAAUUCGUGGUUUGCUUAUUAGUUUGUUGUCAUCAUUAGAACAUCAUAAUGGUACUAAAUGGACACUAGCUGUGCGAAUUACAGAUGGUAGUGCAAUUCUUGAUCUAGAUGUCGCUUCAGACUUACUAACUGAAUGGAUUGGUUUAACUCCUAGUGAAAGUGAAUCAUUAAGACGAUUGAGUAAAAUUGACUCGGAUUCUUCGAAUCCACUUGCACUUCAAGAGGCACAAAAACAUCGUCAACGUUUACGUACAGCAUUAACAAAUUUCCAAAUAUUUUUAUCACAUUUAGGCGGUUUAUUCAAUAUUACAAUUCAAACAUGCAAUGAUAAUAUUGUAAAAUGUGGAAAGAAUACAGCAAACAAUACUAAUACUGCUAAUACUACUACUACUAGUAGUAGUAGUAGUAUCGAUCAGUCAUCUUUAUCAUCAUCGAUACGUCCCAUUUUAAUAGGUUAUAAAGAAAUAGAUCAAUGUUGGUUGAAAGAAUUACAAACUAGAAUUAAUGUUCGUUAUACAGAGAAAAGUUUGUUGUAAAAGAUGAAAGAUAAAUAAAUGAAUUUUCAUGUUAUUCUUCAUUUUGUAAAUAAAUAAAUUAAUAUAUUUGUGCUUAGUUUUAUGUGUAUUACAGUUUAUGUUUGAACAGUAUUAUUUUAUUACAUUCCAAAGGAAAUGUAAAAUUAUAUGCAAAUAUUUACUAUAACGAUGACAAAACAUACUGUCUCCUUUUGUUUUCUUAUUGGUUUUUGUGGUAAAUGAUGGAUAAUAAUUACACUUGUGACAGUUUAAUGAUGUUUUAAUUGGUUGGAAUUGUACAAAGUCGACUAGGUUUUUCUUAAGGGCGAAUAUUAAUAAUCUGUGGUAUGGAUUAGUAGUAUCUUGAUUCGAAUUUUUCAUUGGUAAUUAGUUAUAUACAUCAGUAAAUCUUCUAAUUAAUCACUUGUAACCGACUUUCUAAAUACUUCUCUAGACUCUAUAUCUACACUUAAAAUCGUAUAAUAGGAAAAAGGCGCGAAUUAUGAGUAGAAGCUUCAAUUUAAAUUGAAUUGAUAUGCAUAAAAUCGGAUUCACUUGUCGGGUUUUUUUAGUGACCUUGAUCUUCUAGAAACUUCCGUAGACUUCCGAAUGCAGUAUUAACGUAGGUAAUUAUUCAGCGUGAUGCCGACCGGACGAAAAUUUUUGACCCUUUCUAGACUUAAAGUGACUUUGUAGAGGGAUAUUUAUGAACUUCCGACAACACGAAUGUUAUUUUGUUGUAUAUUUAAGUUAUGAACAUCUCUUUUUGACCGACUAGGUGAAUUAAGUAGAAAUCUAUUUCUCUGUUUUCACCAAUAUAUAUAUAUAUAUAUACAAUAUUAAGAAAACUCUAAUUUAUUGUCAGAUAUACUUUAUUAUUCAGUGUCACUUAUUACAGGUUUGCAUCAUGAAAUCAGUUGAUGAAGCUACUUGUUGGUCGGAGCCUGUAUUACAAGGCGCUGACCUCCUAAUCGUAACUUGUUCAACCCGAAUUCGACUUCGACAACAAAAAUAGUGUGUAUUCAUCUUUCAUUAUCUCCUAGACCUUGGAUAGUCAUGAAGUUUAGUCUUGUUCAUGCUGUAGUUUGUCUACGUUUUCUCUAGUUGUGUCAUUUUAUAUCCUACUAUAUUUUUAUUUUGUUCUCGUUGUUUUUCAGUCCUUGUUAAGAUCCCUUGUUAUCAUCUUAAAUACCUUAUCGUUUUUAGUGAACUUCCUGAUGAAAAGCAACGUGUUACUAUAGUAUCCUACUUUUAGAAGCUAAAAAAAUAUACUUGUUAUUCUCUCUAUAUAUAUUUAUGUCCUAAAUUCAUUGCUCAUAACUGAACUCGGUCUGUAUAACGCUGAAUGUGUUCCAAUGAUAAAUGUCGGAAAUUUGACUGUAUCGAAUAAAGGAGAAGAAAGCUACAACCAUAUCAGUUUCAUUUAGUAUACCUGUAUCAAUCAUUCUCAUAUGAUUGAUACUAGUAUGUAGUUAACGAUUAAUUAUUAUAAUUUAUUAAUGUGUUUAUAAGUAACAAUCAUAACGUUUUUUAAUAGGUGUACUAAUGAAGACAUUGUUCUACUUAUUAUACAGUCAUAUGAUUUAUGUCUAAUUUCAAUUAAUGAGGUUUUAUGAAUAGAAUUAUACUA